GAAUAGUAAAAGAGACAGAGACAGAGAUAGAAACAGAAAUAAAGGAAGAUAAGGACACUGUAGCAUAGUGUAGCAUAAAGUAGAAUGGAAUAGUAUGGAAUUGAGUAAUGUGAAAUUCCUGGGUCUUAGGCUGUUUGUUCAGAACCUAACAUGCUACCAGUAGGAAAGAUGAGCUAGCCCUGAUGUUUUUGGGAGUUUUACAAUGGAGCAAUGUUGAAACUGAACUGUCAUACAUACCUGUUGAUUUUUUUUCUCUAGUUUGACUUAAAAUUGAAUUGUUCUGCAUUUUCCUAAACAUGUGAAAAUCUUAAAUUUUAUCCACUUCUUUAACUUCUCCAGGUAUUCUGUGAAUAUUCACCAUUCUUUUCCAUCUUGGUGAACAAAUAAGACUUAUAUAAGUAGUGAAAUAAACAGCCUAAUUUUCAAAACACUGUUUUCCAUAGACUCUCACACAGGUGUAGCUGUGCCAUGUACCAUAGCUAUUGCACAUGGCUAGUACUAGCAUGUAUCUUUUCUCUCUCACACAGAUGCCACCAGCUGACAAACUGUCUGCUAUAAAGCUGGCAUGUGUAACAUUCUAUGAUCAUUAAUUGUUUCGAUAAAUAAUUUGUAAGAACAGGAAAUACUUUUUUGCUUGCAGUAUCUUUCCUGUCUGUACAUAGAAUAACGUAGGUGGGGAGGGCCCUCUGGAGGUCAUCUCAUCCAAGCCACGCUGUAAAGUUGGAGCUGACUUUGGAAUCUGCUAGCAGUAUUAAAUUCAUAUACUUUGUGAAGUUUGUUAAUAAGCUGUGCAAGUCCAGGAAGCAGAAGAUAUCCUGUAUUCAUACUCAGAGGAAGCUGGAGAGCCAGGCAGAUAGCCUGUCUCCUAGGAUAUGAGAGCUACGAGUGUUUCAAGAAUUGCAGUGGGAAGUUUGGAACGUAAUGUAAGGGUGAGUUAGUGUAUGUCAAUUAUGGCCGUACCGAGGACUUCUUUAAGCUAGAACGUGAAAUGGGAAUUAACUGUACAGGAAAGAUUGUUAUUGCCAGAUAUGGGAAGAUCUUCAGAGGAAAUAAGGUGAAGAAUGCUGAACUGGCAGGUGCCAUGGGAAUUAUUCUCUACUCAGACCCUGCUGACUACUGUGCUCCAGGAGUAGAUCCUUAUCCAAAUGGCUGGAACCUUCCAGGUGGGGGAGCUCAGCGUGGAAAUGUAUUAAACCUGAAUGGUGCGGGAGACCCUCUGACACCGGGCUACCCUGCAAAAGAAUACACCUACCGACUAGACAAAGCCAGUGGUGUAGGUCUCCCAAAAAUCCCAGUUCAUCCCAUUGGCUAUCAUGAUGCUGAGUCAUUACUGCGUAACAUGGGAGGAUCUGCACCACCGCAUAGUAGCUGGAAGGGAAAUUUGAAUGUGUCUUACAAUGUUGGUCCUGGUUUCACAACAAGUUAUUCUACAAGAAAGGUAAAAAUGCACAUUCAUAGCAACAACAAAGUAACAAGAAUUUACAAUGUGAUUGGUACCAUCAGAGGCACAGUGGAACCAGAUAGAUACGUCAUCCUGGGAGGCCACCGUGACUCAUGGGUAUUUGGUGGCAUUGAUCCUCAGAGUGGUGCAGCUGUGGUUCAUGAGAUUGUGAGGAGCUUUGGAAAACUGAAAAAGGAAGGAUGGAGGCCACGGAGAACAGUGAUAUUUGCAAGCUGGGAUGCAGAGGAAUUUGGCUUGUUAGGAUCGACGGAGUGGGCUGAGGAAAAUGCCAAACUAUUGCAAGCACGAGGAGUGGCUUAUAUCAAUGCAGACUCCUCCAUUGAAGGAAACUACACGCUAAGAGUGGAUUGCACACCACUGAUGUACAGACUGGUGUACAAUGUGACCAAAGAGAUACCAAGUCCUGAUGAAGGGUUUGAAGGAAAAUCUCUUUAUGAGAGCUGGUAUAAAAAAAAUCCAUCAACAGAAUACAAAGAGGUCCCCAGAAUAAAUAAACUGGGUUCUGGCAAUGACUUCGAGGUCUUUUUUCAACGUCUUGGCAUCGCUUCAGGCAGAGCACGUUACAGUAAAAACUGGAAUGUAGAAAAAUAUAGCAGCUAUCCAGUUUACCACAGUGUGUAUGAAACCUAUGAAAUUGUGGAAAGAUUUUAUGAUCCCACUUUCAAGAAUCAUCUGACAGUAGCUCAGGUACGGGGAGGGCUGGUGUUUGAAUUGGCCAACUCUGUUCUGCUUCCUUUUGACUGUAGAGAUUAUGCAUCAGCAGUGAGCAACUAUGCUCACAUCAUCUACAAUAUGUCAAGGAAUCAUGAGGAAGAACUGGCAACAUACAAUGUAUCCUUUGAUGCUCUCUUUUCAGCUGUGAAGAAUUUUACAGAAGUUGCUGAUAGCUUUCACAACAGACUGCAACAAAUAGAUAUCAAUGACCUGCUUGCUGUCAGAUCAUUAAAUGAUCAACUCAUGCUUCUAGAAAGGGCUUUCAUCGAUCCGCUUGGAUUACCUGGAAGGCCAUUCUAUAGACAUGUUAUCUUUGCUCCAAGCAGCCAUAACAAGUAUGCAGGAGAAUCAUUCCCAGGGAUCUAUGAUGCCAUGUUUGACAUUAAAAACAAAGCUGAUCAAGAUGAAGCCUGGGAAGAAGUUAAGAGGCAGAUUUCCAUUGCAGCCUUCACUGUACAGGCAGCAGCAGGAACACUGAAAGAAGUAGCAUAAAUAACAACAUUAUCAUCAACGAAGACUAUGUAUGACAGUGUGCAGAAGCCUCAAAACCAGAACAUUUGAAAACACUAAGACAAUUAUUAGAAAUGCCACAAAACGCAAACAACCUUGUUCUUUGCAAUUAAUAUAACCAAGUGGAAUGCAUUUAGCAGUGAUAACAAGGUAAUAAUGUAUUUCAUUUCACAAGCUCAGGCUUUAGAUGGAUUCUGAAGUGAGAGUCUACGUAAAAAAAAAUAUUUUCUCUGCUUCAUGUUUUAAGAGUCUCUAACUUCUGGAUUUAUAUUCAGAGCUCAGAAUUCUGCUUUCUUGAUUAAUUUUUUAACUUUAUAUUUUUUAUCUUUGAGUUGCAUAUUUGUACUCCAUGAUAGUCUUUUCACUUUCCUUUUGCAUGAAGAUUCACAUAUGAAGAUGGGAAAACUGUCACAUACAGUGUGAGGAAUGUAUUAUGAUCAUAACAGAUUUUGGGCUGCCAUCCCAAAAUACUCAUCCAUGAUGUCCUUUUCUUCACAUGCUAAGUCUGUCAGCUGUUUGCAAAUAGAUUUAAUCAAGACGCUUUCUAGUCACAGGAGUGAAAAUUAGGUGAUAUAUCUUGUCAGAAAGAGAACGAUCUGAUUUUGGCAUGCAGCUUACUCUUACACCAAACUGCUAGAAGGGACAACUGAAAUCAGUUGGAGAAGACUCAGAAAACCCGGUCAAUUCAUCUGACAGUCUGCCACUCCAGAAAUUAAUAAGCUCUUUGAUGGCAAAUACUUCUGUGAAAUUUGAUUUGCCAUUUCGUCUGAGAUCUCCACCAUUUCUUAGAAGAUUCAUCUGUCAUCUAGUGGAUUUCAGUGUCAUGAAAGAUUUUUUAUUUUCCAUAACAAUUAAUUUAUUCAUAAGAAAUUCUACUUUUCACAUUAAAACCCUUUAGGUAAGUUACUAUUGUUAAGUCAUUUUACUUGGCAGUUAGUCUCUCUCAAAAUAAUUCAGUUUAUCAGGUAAUGGGAAGUGCUCUUGCAAACACAGUUAUUACCCAGUUAUUUACACAUUUUUGUGGAAUUGAUUAAAGCUGGAAUAAGAGCAUGGAGACAUAUGUUCUCCCAAAUCUAGUUGUGUGGAUGGGAGGCAUUGCUGUCUUUGUUUUCUCACUGCUGUCUGCUCCACUGCUCCUUUUGUCAGUGAAGCAAUGAAUUGUGAUGUUCUAUGGUCCACUUCUGGCAAAAUUAGUGAGGUUAGUUUAGAUCAUCAGUUAAGUUAACCUCUAGGAUUUUGUAUUUGAAGAUCUCUUCCAACUGAACUUUUCGCUUCACUUCGCUUCUGUUUUAUUCCAUUCUAUUCUGGAUUAUGUGUUACAACGAAUGAGCAAAAAAUGAAAGAACAGUUUUGUGUGCACUGAGAAAUCGUGUUUUGCAUUACUCAUUUACUAGGAGGACACAAAGAAGCAAGGGUCACAUGUGACAUUUAUGAAUGAAGUCAAGACAACUGGCAUGUGCCAGCAAAUGAAAGCAUUCAGUUCCUAUCAGCCAAGUGGCAGAAGAGUGGUUAAAUAAAUAAUAAAUAAGCCUUCUAAGCCCUGUCUGUUAAUAUGUU